CGAAAGUUCGCCCAGUUAUACGGUAGACCCGUAUCCGCGAGGAAGCUUAGAUCGGGCACAUUACAGAAAUCGGUAUAAAUAAAAUGAAGUCGUUUGUGGAAUACUCUCCGAGCAGUGAUUUCCCGUUGGAGAAUCUACCUUACGGAGUAUUUUCAACCUCUAACAAUCCUCAGCGGAGAAUAGGUGUUGCAAUCGGAUCGGAAAUAUUGGACCUUUUUGCCAUCGCGCAUUUAUUUACUGGAAAAAAUCUGUCCGAUGCAUUCCGUCAGGAUUCGCUCAAUGAAUUUAUGGCGCUCGGCAGACCAGCUUGGGUCGACGCAAGGGCCAGAUUGCAGGAUUUACUUUCAGUCGAAAAUCCCACUUUACAAGAACCAGAAAUACGCUCCAAAGUGUUCGUGCAACAAUCGGAUGCAACGAUGCACCUUCCUGCAAAAAUAGGAGACUACACAGACUUUUAUUCAUCGAUUCACCACGCGACUAACGUCGGCGUCAUGUUCAGAGGAAAAGAAAAUGCUUUGAUGCCUAAUUGGAAAUAUCUUCCGGUUGGAUAUCACGGUAGAGCAAGUUCCGUAGUUGUUUCCGGAACACCGAUCAGAAGACCGCGGGGUCAGACACUUCCGGUUGAAGGGGCAGCCCCCGCUUACGGUCCUUCGAAUCUGAUGGAUUUCGAACUAGAAGUUGCUUUUUUCGUUGGUGGUCCUCCGACCAAGUUGGGCGACACGAUUCCAGCUUCGGAGGCUUAUGAUCGCAUUUUCGGAAUGGUGACAAUGAACGAUUGGAGCGCCAGGGACAUACAGAAGUGGGAAUACGUGCCUCUGGGUCCAUUUACGGCGAAAAAUCUUGGCACCACGAUUUCUCCCUGGGUUGUAACGAUGGAAGCUCUCGAACCUUUCAAAGUCCCCAAUAUGCCGCAAGACCCUGUCCCCUUCCGUUACCUGCGUCACGAAGGCUCCUGUAAUUUCGACAUUAAGUUGGAGGUCGAUAUCAAAGCUCCGGGAGGCGUCACCACCACUCUCACGAGGAGUAACUACAAAUUCAUGUACUGGACACCUCAGCAGCAACUCGCUCAGCACACUUCUACCGGAUGCAAUGUAAACCCCGGAGACCUCAUGGCUUCGGGGACGAUUAGUGGCGAGGCGGUCGAUUCUUACGGCUCGAUGCUCGAGCUCUGCUGGAAAGGGACGAAACCGGUUGCUCUGAAAGACGGAACGACGAGGAAAUUCUUGCAGGAUGGUGAUGAGAUAUCCAUCAGAGGUUUCUGUGUGGGUGACAACUAUCGGAUUGGAUUCGGACCUUGCGUUGGUAAAUUGUUGCCCGUAAAUCCCGAAUAGGUAUACAAGAAGAUGGCUCGCAGCAAGUUUCCCACGCUUUUUUGAUCGUCGAUGUAUCUUGAAUAAAACUGUCUGUAUAUUCGUA